AUGAGGAUAUAUAAGCUGAAAUAUAUAAUCCGGCACUGUGUGCUAAUCUAUCUAUCUAUCUAUCUAUCUAUCUAUCUAUCUAUCUAUCUAUCUAUCUAUCUAUCUCAAUCUGUUCAUAUCUAUCUAUCUGUUUUUCUUACUAUCUAUUUCAAACUGUUUCUAUCUAUCUAUCUAUCUAUCUAUCUAUCUAUCUAUCUAUCUAUCUAUAACCUCUGUUUUUCUAUCUAUCUAUCUAUCUAUCUCAUUCUAUUCAUAUCUAUCUAUCUACUUCAUUCUGUUCAUAUCUAUCUAUCUAUCUAUCUAUCUAUCUAUCUAUCUAUCUAUCUAUCUCAUUCUGUUCAUAUCUCUCUAUCUACCUCAUUCUAUUCACAUCUAUCUAUCUACUUUGUUCUGUUCAUAUCUAUCUAUCUAUCUCAUUCUGUUCAUAUCUAUCUAUCUAUCUAUCUAUCUAUCUAUCUAUCUAUCUCAUUCUGUUCAUAUCUAUCUAUCUAUCUAUCUAUCUAUUACAUUCUGUUCAUGUUCUAUCUAUCUACCUCAUUCUAUUCACAUCUAUCUAUCUAUAUUUUGUUCUGUUCAUAUAUCUAUCUAUCUAUCUAUCUAUCUAUCUAUCUAUCUAUCUAUCUAUCUAUCUCAUUGAAUUCUUAUCUAUCUAUCUAUCUAUUAAAUCUAUCUAUCUAUCUAUCCCGUUCUUUCAUUAUCUCUAUAUCUUCCCAACAACCGAUUACCGCCUGUAUUAGUAGAAAUUCGAUCAGGAAUCCUUUUAAUCUAUCUAUCUAUCUAUCUAUCUAUCUAUCUAUCUAUCUAUCUGUUUUCAUAUCUAUCUAUCUAUCUAUCUAUCUAUCUAUAAUAGUUUUCACAUCUAUCUAUCUAUCUCUUUCUAUCUCUCUCUCUAUCUCUUUUCACAUCUAUCUAUCUAUCUAUCUAUCUGUUCUCAUAUAUAUCUAUCUAAAUAUUUUAAUCUAUCUAUCUAUCUCUUUUCACAUCUAUCUAUCUAUCUAUCUAUCUAUCUAUCUAUCUAUCUAUCUAUCUAAGUAUUUUCAUAUAUAUCUAUCUAUAUCAAUAUUUUCAUCUCACUUCCCUAUCUAUCUAUCUAUCUAUCUAUCUAUCUAUCUAUCUAUCUAUCUAUCUAUCACACUCCAUUCAUAUCUAUCUAUCUAUCUAUCUAUCUAUCUAUCUAUCUAUCUAUCUAUCUAUCCCAUCUAUCUAUCUAUCUAUCUAUCUAUCUAUCUAAUCCCUGUUUAUUAUAAAGGUCUGUUGAUUCUUUGUUUGUUCAACGUCAGACGUAUCUAA